CACCGUUGACGUCACCUCCAAGUUUGCUGCCCUGGGCGCCCCACGUGUGGCGGCAGCGGCUGCCCGGGAGGCCGGAGGGAGCGCCUGCGAGCAGCGGCCGCGGCGCUGACAGGUCCCUCUCAGCCCGACCGGCCGCGCGGCUCCCAGGUAGGGCGCCCGCGCCGUUGGGAGCCGCCGGGGGAGCCCCGAGAGGGGCGGACUGCGGGGUGCGGGCCUCGGGGGACCUCGCACCAGGUCCCUAGGAAGCGGAGACCGGGACGCGGGGCCGGGAGGCACUGUCGCUAACCGCGGUCUGGAGCGCACGGAGCUCAGCGGCACCGCAGCAGCAGCAGCGCGUCUCCAAGGGACGGAGCGAGGGAUGCCCGGCCGCUGAGCGGAGAUCGGGGCCGAGUGCCGCCCGGGCCGGGCUAAGACGCGUCCUCGCCACCGCCGCGGAGACCCCCCUUUUCCGCGACUCUGAGAACUGGGCGCCGAAACCUGCCGCCAGGCUCCGGACUUGGCGAGUCUCAGACGAUGGUCUCUUAAGCACCGCACCGCGUCUCCCGUCCCGCCCCCGACCCGAGGCAGGGCUCCCGCGCCGGCUCCCGGGGCCCGGCUCCCCAGCAGGGGGGCAGCUCCCGGAGGAUGUCCUGGCACCCGGAGGAGUCCCGGCCUAGCAUGGCCCGCGCGCUCCCCGACGUCGCCUCCGGCUAGGAUGGCCCCUCCGGGCCUGGCUGGCGCGCACCCCGCCCCGGCCGAUCCGCUGUCCCGCAGCAUCUUCCGGAAGUUCUUGCUGAUGCUCUGCUCCCUGCUCACGUCCCUGUACGUCUUCUACUGCCUGGCCGAGCGCUGCCGGACCCUGUCGGGCCCCGUCAUGGGGUUGUCGAUUGGCGAGGAGGCGCGCGCCCCGGGUCGCGGCGCCCUGGCCGGAGGCCCCCGGGAGCUGGCGGCGUGGCCCUGGGCGCAGAGAACGCGCCUUUGGCAGCUGCGGCCGUGGCGGAGGCGCCCGCGGCCCCCGGGGCGCGACGGCGGCGAGGAGGCGGCCUGGGAGGAGGAGACCCCCAGCCUGGCCGGGAGUCCCGGGGGCUCCGGGGCCGGGAGCAGCGUGGCUGAGCCCCCGCCGGGGACCCUGGCGCUGCUGCUGGACGAGGGCAGCAAGCAGCUGCCGCAGGCCAUCAUCAUCGGAGUGAAGAAGGGCGGCACGCGGGCGCUGCUCGAGUUCCUGCGCGUGCACCCCGACGUGCGCGCUGUGGGCGCCGAGCCCCACUUCUUCGACCGCAGCUACGACAAGGGCCUCGCCUGGUACCGGGACCUGAUGCCCAGAACCCUGGACGGGCAGAUCACCAUGGAGAAGACGCCCAGCUACUUCGUGACCCGGGAGGCCCCCGCGCGCAUCUCGGCCAUGUCCAAGGACACCAAGCUCAUCGUGGUGGUGCGCGACCCGGUGACCAGGGCCAUCUCGGACUACACGCAGACGCUCUCCAAGCGGCCCGACAUCCCCACCUUCGAGAGCUUGACGUUCAAAAACAGGAGCACGGGCCUCAUCGACACGUCGUGGAGCGCCAUCCAGAUCGGCAUCUACGCCAAGCACCUGGAGCACUGGCUGCGCCACUUCCCGCUCGGCCAGAUGCUCUUCGUGAGCGGCGAGCGGCUCAUCAGCGACCCGGCCGGCGAGCUGGGCCGCGUGCAGGACUUCCUGGGCCUCAAGAGGAUCAUCACCGACAAGCACUUCUACUUCAACAAGACCAAGGGCUUCCCCUGCCUGAAGAAGGCCGAGGGCAGCAGCAAGCCCCACUGCCUGGGCAAGACCAAGGGCCGGACCCACCCCGACAUCGACCCCGAGGUGGUGCGGCGGCUGCGCGAGUUCUACCGGCCCUUCAACCGCAAGUUCUACCAGAUGACCGGGCACGACUUCGGCUGGGAUGGAUAACAAUGUAAUUUAAAAGAAAAAAAAGAAUCAAAUAUAAUAUAUUUUUUUACCAAUCGGUAGAGAAAAGGCAGUUUAAUAUUUGUGCUGAAAAUAUUUCUUGCAGUAGUUUUUUCAAUGACUGUUAAGAUUGUCCUCACCUCUGACCCCAUCUUCAUGUGUUUAACUUACACCAAACAUUUGGAUAAACAAAAAAUGGAAAACUUUACUCAUCUAAAUACUUUCCAUCUUUAAUUUUUAUUUUGUUUUAUAUGCAUAAUUAUAAAGUAAGAGCAUCAGUUGCCAUUAAAACUUUUAAGAGAACUCUGAGGGGAAAUCAGUCUCUCUCUCUGGCUUACAAGGCCCAGACAAAAUUGAUUCCUAGCCUUGUGUAUUUCACCCUUUAAGUUUUUUUUUUUUUUCUCCUGUGCCACUUUUCCUAAAACUAUUUCCCAACUGAUAAUACUGUAUGGUUUUACACCACUUCAGUUAUCACGGUGUUUUUAAAAUAAAACAUUUUUUGAUCCUUAUACUACUGUGCGGUACAAGAACAUGGUACCUGGAGAUCAUUAUCCCCAUUUUACAGAUAAGGAAACUUGAGUCUCAGGGAGGUUAAAUAACUUAUCUUAGGGCCAGAUGGUGACUCCUGGACAACCCUUCUUUCACUUGUUCUUUAUUACAUGCCACUUUUCCCAGGAGAAUUGGAAAUAAACAUCUGUACCUUUAAAAUCGGUUAGCCAGGUUGGACACAGGCUCGAUGGGACGGAGAGGGUUUCCUCUGGCUUUCUCAGCACCUGGCCAGCCCUCAGCCCUCGGUCACACCACAGUUCACUCCAGGAGAACAUCAGACCUGGGCACACACUCUGUUAAGAGCCAAUCUCGGUUUGAAUGAAGCUGAGAGAAAUUACUGGGUUCUUGUAUCGAGAACAAGGGGAACAGUCGUGCUGGCAACAAGACAAGGUGUGGUGGGAGCACAACUUACCUAUUUGUUCUUUUGACCUGUCCGUCCUAUUUUUUUAAUUAAGAAAAAGCCAUUUCUGUAAGAGCUUACAAGUAUGAAUCUCCUUUUUAUUUAUCCCUUUUCUUAACAGAGAAAAUCUGCUUCUGUUGGUGAUAUCUCAUUCCUAACCUUGGAGCUGGCACUAAAGAUGUAUCAAUAAACCUCUGCUACCAUGCCCUUAUUUUUCAUGGGUGGAGGACUGUCGACUUUGACACUUUAUUUUUUCCCACUUCCUAUUCAUACCUAGACUAACCUAAUACUCAUUAAUAUUUGGAAAAUAGUCUCAGAAUUGCAGGUGGAUAAAAAUGGUGGCCUUUUCCUCCUCUCCCAUCUGUUUCUGCCAAUCCCCCAUUGAAACAAUUGACAAAUAAGUCAAUUGUUUAUUAAAAGGAUUCCUUUCCUCUCCGAGUGAGCAAUAACAAGAUUAGCAUUAAUAGGAAUUAAAUUGGUUUAGAGAGGAGCACAUAUGCACGAAAUAUAUAAAGCAUGUAUAAUUAGCCUGUUGGCAACAUUCUAUUACAGGUUUAAACCCAAGAGGAAAGCGUUUCCUAUCUCAUGGAACUUUCCUGUAUCUGGCAGAAUUUAAAGGACCAAACACUCUGGUAUUCUAAAAGUGCAUUCUCUUUCUUCUCCAGUGUUGUCAUUCAAAAGAAACUGAAGUUGUUUUGAAUAUGCAGAACAAUUUCCCAUUUACCGCAGAGGUUGCAUCAAGAAGGAAGUAUUUCUUGAGAAGCCUAACACAGGAUUAAAAGGAGGGGGAAUCAUUUAAGUUUCUAGAUAGUUCAUGAUUGCUCCAAGUCUUUGGCUCUAUUUAUUAAUCCCCACCUUUAGGAGUUCAGUAAACCCCAAAUCCAGGCCUCUUUUUCCAGGCGACCUCCUUCCCCGCUGUGCCCUCAGCUUUCAGUGCCACAGCCUGUCUUUGUUCCACUAGAAUUGCCACUAUCAGCAACAAGAUACUCAUUUCGAACUCUUUAUCUGUUUUUCUAAACUCGUUUUGUUUGUGCUUCUGACCCUUUUAUAAACAUUUGUUUGACAUAAUGCAAAAGUAGCUUGCAAAAGGAAACAAUUGUAUUCAGCAAUCUUCAUCUUUUUUUGUGUUAAGAAAAAUAAUAAUAAAAACAGAACUGAGUGCAAAUGA